AUGAGCUCGUGGCCACACCCGCCCAUAGACAUGGCCGUCGUUAUCCUUGCCUCUGGCGUCGAGUUACACGCACGCAUCUCUACUCCGGGCAAUCCAACGGCCAACAAGAUCGACCCCUCUCUUCCCAGUAUCGUAUUCUGCCACCCGACAUGGCUCGACUCAUUCUUCUUCUAUCCCCAGAUCGAGGACCCCCUCUUCACGGACGGGUAUAACCUCGUAGCCUUCGAUAUGCGUGGGCACGGACUCACGCUCGGCGGAUCCCGUCCCGAACGGUACGACGCAUGGAGUGUCGCCGAUGACAUUGUUGCUGGCAUGGACGGACUGGGUAUCCGCGCCGCCCACGUCGUCGGUGUUGCGUUUGGAGCUGUCGUAGCGGCCAACCUUGCGAGCGCGCACGCGGACCGCGUCAAGACAUUAACGCUCAUUUCACUCCCUCCAAACGUGGACAACGAGGACACGGCGAUGGGAUACGCCGAAUGUCGCGAGGCACUAGUCGCCGCGACACUUGCUGGUGACGCGGACACAAUGGACGCCAUUACGCAGGCGACAUUUGCGUACGAUGCCGGGGCACUUGCACCCGCCAUUCGAGAGGUUAGGGACGAGUACAUGGCCGCCGCGCGUGAGCGGCUGGAAGCUUCGCCGGAGGAAGCGGCCGACGCAGCUUUCUACGUCUGGGAGCCGGUCACGACCCGUCAACCUCAAACCACCGACGAGAUGGCACAGAUCUCUGCCCCAGUCCUCAUACUGCAAGCGGGUACAACGGAAGAACCAGCCUUCACUGAAGAUGCCCAACUGUGGGCGUUUAGGUUUAAUUCUCUUCACCGCACCGCGAGAGCCCAAGUCCACAUGAUCGACAACGUUGGACACUUUAUGACUCUGACCAGUCCGAAUGUUGUUAAUCCUCUGGUGGCCAAGUUUAUCGGUACCCCCGCAAGUGCCAGAUUACCCCCUCUUCCUAGAGUUGGUGCCCGAAUUCGCGGACCGUCCGAGCCGCGUAGACCGUCUACCCCGCGCAGUGCGACGUUUGGUGGCUUUGACAUGUCCAUCCCCUUCACGCGGGGCCCGACUGUCGGCGAGGCAAUGGACCGCGUCAACGUCUAUGUUGAUGUUGUGACUGAGGUUGUUGGCACGACGAUGCCUCGCCGCAAGGCGCCCAAAGGACCCGGAACCGAUAAACCCAAGCUGGCAAAGAAGCGAGCCAAAGUCACUCCUACCGUCGCACUUCCCACCGUUGCUGCUCAACCUCAAACACAACCUCAACCAGUAGCAGGUCCUUCGAUAAUACCGUGGAAGCAACAGCUCUCAAACCUCGUCGCCAACCUUCCUCCCCUCCCCCCCGCCGCCACGCCAUCAACCUGGACCCCCGAAACCAUGGCCGCCUCUCUAGAAGCCUACACAGGCUGGGCCACCUCCAUUCGCCAAUGGCACCGCGAGCUCGAAUCAACCCUCCUCGAACCAAACCUCGACGGACUAUUGGAAAUGAUUUCCACCCCCUUCGCCCCGCCCCUAACCCUCGCAGAGGCCGAAACAAACCUACCCCCAAACACACUCCACGCGUACCUAGUCAACGAAGUAACUCCCAACUAUCGCCGUUUCCGUGCCCUCUCGACUCCGUCGCUCUCUGAACAUGUCGCCCUCGAAUCUCUGGGUAUGGCGCUGGACGAUAUGCUCGCCCAGCACGUCCUGCCCCAUAUCGCGCCGGGGCAUUCGUCGGAUGUGGCGAGUGCGAGCUUUUUGCAGUUUGUCGUUCACGAACUCAUGCCCAGCUGGUCUGGAAAGGGCGUUGGAGGGACAGGUUAG